AUGUUUUGAAGAUGUUUUUCAUACAUAGGGGUUGGAUCUUUGAUACCAAUCGAAGGCGUGAUGAACAGCCAAAAAUACAAAGUCAUGUUGGAGCAGCGUUUGGACACAGAACUCCAAAAAUGUCAGCCCCAACGAGGAGCGAUUCUUCAACAGGACUCUGCCUCCUGUCACAAGUCAAAGCAAAUGAUGGAAUUUUUCAAGAAUAAGAAGAGUAAUGUUUUAGAUUUACCCGGUAAUUCGCCAGACCUCAACCCAAUUGAAAAUUUAGGGGCCAUUUGCAAAGGUAGACUGCGCAAAAUCUACUGUACUACAAAAAUAAAAAUAAUAGAAGUGGUCAUUCAGGUUUGGUUUCGAGAUGAAAGGAUAUCUGGGAACUGUCAGAAGCUCAUAGAUCUAUCUAUCCAAAACGGGUAAAAGUAGUAAUUGUAACCUAAGGGGAACAUACUCGUAUUUCCUGCUAA